AGCAGAGAAAAAAAAAACAAAGAAGAAAGAAAACUUGCUCAACGACGAUUCAUCAAUCAUCAUCUCCGAUCUUCUUCCAAAUCCCUCCGGUGAAAAAGACGAUGUACGUAAGAGCACUUCCGACGACGGAUGUGAAUCGGAACACAGAGUGGUUCACAUAUCCUGGUGUUUGGACUACUUAUAUUCUCAUCCUCUUCUUCUCUUGGCUCCUCGUUCUCUCCGUCUUCCAUUGUUCUCCUGGCAUCGCUUGGACCAUUGUUCAUCUCGCUCAUUUCACCGUCACGUAUCAUUCCUUCCAUUGGAAGAAGGGAACACCAUUUGGAGAUGAUCAAGGAGUCUAUAAUAGAUUGACUUGGUGGGAACAGAUUGAUAAUGGCAAGCAGCUUACACGUAAUCGCAAAUUUCUCACCGUUGUUCCUGUUGUCUUGUAAGUUCCUUCUCUCAUAUCUCAUUAGGAUUUUGUUUUGCAUCAUCAUCUCUUGUUGAUCUUGUUCAGUAUCGAAAAAUUGAAUGCCUUACCUUAUUUUCUAUGAUUGUUUCUGUAUUUGGUGUAAUUUUUGCUUAAGUUAUGUUUUAGAGAUACAUUGAUCUUCGUUUCCCUACCUACUUGUUCUUUAUCUUAUUGUAGCUCAUUUUACAUCUGGUUAUAUAGAGAUGCUAGUCAAUGAGCUUAAUUACAAUUCUAUUCCUAGGUGAAGUGGUUGUUUUGACAAUUUGAUUUGCAAUUAUUACUACACAGAAUACAUUUUGACAUGACAAUCAGAUACACAAGAGUCAAGACACUACCGUUCUUCUCAUUUUGAUUUCUGUUUGUUGACUAGUGCUUCAAAUCUGUUCACUGAUUAGGGUUGGACCUAAGUUUCCUACUAUGAUUAAACUCGCUUGAUUAUUAAGGUCUUUUAGCUAGUGCUCAAGAGCCUUGGAUUUAGAUUUAGAUUUAGACAUUCGUACAAGACAUAAGGUCUGUUAUGAGUUUGCUGAAUCUCUCUUAAAAGAAGCACUACUAGAUUAUGUGUAGUGGAAUACCUCAAUUGUGUUGUGUGUGACGAAUAUGUAAUCAAUGAUUGGAUCUUUGUGACAUAAAAGUCUGACCAAACUUUGUAUGUAGGUACUUGAUAGCCUCUCACACAA